AUGGUCAUUAAACCUACAUUACCAAGUGUUAAAACAGUAAAUGAAACAAUAAUGUUACCUUCAACAUUAUUAAGAUCAGAUAUGAUGGAGGAAGAAACGACAGAUAUAGUACAAUUAACAACAAGACCAACAUUAAAAAUUCAACGUUAUGGCAUAUAUUUAACAGAAAAAAGAUUUUUCUGGAGUGAAGCACAACAACAGUUAUUACUCGGAUCAUAUUGGGGCGGCUACAUUUUUACUCAAAUACCAGGUGGUUGGUUGGCAACAAACUUUGGAGCAAAACGUGUGUAUGCAAUAUCAUUACUGAUAUCCUCAAUAGCGACAUUGUGCUUAAAUUUAAUGUAUUUUAUGUCAGAUACACAAUUUAUUUUGAUGGUUAUGUUAAGGUUUAUAAUUGGUUUAUCUCACGGGGUUUUAUUUCCGGCAACGGUUGCUCUCUGGAGUUUAUGGGCAGUACCAGCUGAACGUGGUCGUCUGGUUUCUGUAGGUUUUAGCGGCACUCAUCUUGGUACAUCCAUUACAAUGUUAAUUGGUGGUUUACUCUGUCGUUAUUUGAUUAGUGGUUGGAUGUAUUUAUUUUUUUUCUCAAGCAUCCUCGGUUUUCUCUGGCUUAUUCUUUGGAUGUGUUUAGCAUCCGAUUCGCCAACCCAACAUCCGACAAUAAGUGAUGAUGAACGAGAGUAUAUUUGCCAUAUAACACUUGGGGAUGGAAAUGGCACAAAAAAACGAGGACUACUAUUAUCAGAAAUUCCAUGGAAAAACAUUAUCAAAUCAAAACCUCUACUAGCUCUCUUUGUUACACAUAUGUGUAAUUUAUUUGGACUUUUUUUCUUCUUGACAAAUAUUGGAAAAAUUAUGGUUGAUGUACAUAGAAUAUCAGUUCAAUAUACCGGUUUUAUAGCCGCUGGUGGUUUUCUUUUGACAUGGAUCACUAGUUUAGCAUCGGGAAUGUGUGUUGAUAUACUUGUUCAAAAGGGAAUAAUGUCACUGACUGGUGCAAGAAAAUUAUUCAACUCUAUUACGUCAUUUGGUCCCGUAUUAUGUAUGAUAUCACUAUGUUUUUGUGAUGAAACAAGACAAAUAUUAGGAGUGAUUACCGUUAUUAUGUUUCUAGCAUUUUCAGGAUUGGGAUAUGGAGCGGGAUAUGUAGUUAAUUUUAAUGAUAUCGUUCCCGCUUAUUCCGGUGUUAUAUUUGGUAUAGCCAAUACUCUUGCCUCAUUAGCUGGUCUUAUUGGAAAUUUAGUUGCCGGCCUUGUUAUUAAAAAGUCGAUAUUACAUAAUUGGCGUUAUCUAUUUAUAUUAUUUGGUGCUGUAUAUUUCAUUGGUGGUUUAGUUUAUCUCCUCUUUGGAACAGCUUUACCAAGAAAAUGGGCCACAUUUGAUGCUGUUAAUAAGAAACAAACUAUUGAUAAUAAUAAUAACGGCGAGGAAAAUAGACCAAUGAAAGAUUAUGCGGAUUAUGAUGAAAAACAGUUAGAACAACGAGCAUAA